AUGGACUUCCACUUCGACGCGUACACCCCCUACUCCGACGCAUCCACCCCCCGCACCCCCUCCCCCCGUGCAGACUCCCUCGCCGCCUUCGCUGCCCCAGAGCACCACCACUUCAAGCUCGAGAUGGAGCCCGUCCACAACAUAUUCGACUCCGUCUCCGACGACCACACCGUCGCUCCCGAGAACGUCUCCAUCUGGCAGACCGUCCACAACCAGUCCAUCCCCUUUAAUGCCUCCCGCGGGUCCCUCCUCCAGGAACUCUAUGAUCACGACCUCGCCUCCGAACACGCUCUCCAGCAGGACUCCUUCCUCCCCCAGCAGCAGCAGCAGUCCCUCCUCCCCGCAGACUGGCACUCCUCCCAACGCGUCGACGCGUUCCACCACCACCACGACCAGUCCUCCAUCCGCCGCGCCACCUAUCCCUACGUCAGGCAGGACCGUGAGGACUCGGUCCAAUACCCCUCCCCCCACUUUAUUACCCACGACAGCGAGCCCAUGCUCGGCCCCUUCGCGUCCCGCACCGAUACCCUCUACGGCGAGCCUCUACCCAUCAUGUCCCACUCUCCCCAGCUCAUCUCCCUCGGUCCCGACCUCUCCAACCGCAUAGACCUCUCCAACUCCCUCUCCUCGUCCCCCGCUUCCUCCUACCACGAGUUCGACAGAAUGGACCACCAUAUCAAAAUGGAGGAGACCGCUCCCGUCAUCGUCCCGUCCCAAACUUGCCUCUACCGCCCCCCUUCCUCGGGCUCCAUGCACCCCAUCUCCUACCUCUCCCCUCACACCGGUCUUCCCGUCCAACACACAGACGACGCUGCCUCGAAAGAGACCCAGUACCUCCGCCGUCGGUGCUUCAACUGCUCGCAGACGGAGCCUCCUAGCUGGCGCCGCUCGACCCUCAACCCGGGCAAAAUCGUCUGCAACAAGUGCGGUCUCUACGAGCGCACGCACUUGCGGCCGCGUCCGCUUCGCUUCGACGAGCUGCGCACGGGCAACAAGUCGCGGAAGCAGGCCAAGGGUGUUGCGGGUUCCCCCGCUGCCAAGGCCGCGUCCUUGGUCAAGAAGGAGCCCGACGGUGACAUGGUGAUGUCGCGGAGAGCUUCGGUGUCUUCGACGUCCUCUGUGCACUCCAGCAGCGAUUGGGACGACUCUGUCUCCGUCUACUCCUCGUCUGGCUCAGCCCCCCCAUCCUCUUACAACUCGCCAGCGACCACCAGCUUCUCCUUGCCCUUGGAACGGCGCACCUCGCAGUCUCCUCCACUCGGGCCUCGGGACGGCGGUAUCCGUCUCCCGAACGCUCCGCUAUCGGACAUUGCUUCUUUCCAGUCUGGCCGGAAUUCCCCGCGCAAGUCCGCUACCUCCCCUGACUAUGGUUCACCAGCUUCCGUGGAUGGGGGGGACGUGCAACGGCGAUCGUCGCUCCCCGUCGACCCGUUGGGCUCGCAGUCGAUGUCUGACAUCACAGGAUGGCAGAGCGUCCCCUUCGCGGACGGGAAGGCCGUCAAGGCCUGA